CGGACAGAGAACCACAAUAAUGAAGCUUUUUAGUUCAUUGUUGGACUGGAAGGAUGAUGCCGAUCCUACGAACGGUGGCGGCGUUGGUGGCGGCGACUACAGCGACCACAGCACAUGUUCAUGUGCAAAUUCAUCUUCGCGCAGGAACGGUUCCAGCCCGUGGCGUCAAUUUGGGCGGGUGGCUCGUGGCAGAGCAGUGGAUGACUUGGGACUCUCCGAUUUGGAGCGGCGUGCCGGCUAACGUGUCCGGUCAAGGCGAGUACCAAACGAUGAUGUAUCGAGGCGCGGAAGCCGGUCAAGCGGCCUUUGACGUCCAUCGACGGACGUGGAUCACGGAAGGCCACAUCCAGCACAUCGCCGCGUCCGGAUUGAACCUUGUCCGCGUUCCGGUGGGGUAUUGGAUCCAGGGUUGCAGUGGCCUGCCUCGUCAACUUGCCACUGAGUGCGCUGUGUAUGCGUCGGGGGGACUAGACUACUUGGAUACCCUUGUUCGGGAGUGGGCUGUCCAACAUAACGUGGCGGUGCUGAUCAGCAUCCAUGGCGCGCCAGGGUCGCAGAACGGAGCCGACCACAGCGCACCAGCCACGCCAGGUGCCCACUGGUCGGACUCGGACGAGAAUGUCGCCGCCACCCGCCGCCUCGUGACUUUCUUGGCGGCGCGGUACCUCCACGACGACGCGUUCUUAGGCAUUUCCCUCUUGAACGAACCGGCGGGUGCCACGGAUGUGAACGUGUUGACGCAAUACUAUGACAACGUGUACAACGACGUGCGCAGCGGCGUGGGUAGCGACUGCAUUUUGGUCACGGCCCCGCUCUUGUGGUGUCAAAACAGCGGCAGUGGCGUGUGUUCCAUGGACAAGUUCGGGCCCGACAUGACGAAUGUGUGGCACGACUGGCACCCAUACGUGGUGUGGGGCUAUGACGCGAUGACCGAGGAUCAAAUCAUCACGCAAGGUGUUGGCGGCUGGGCCACGGCCAUCCGACAGUGGAACGGGAGCCAUCCAUUGUUCUUGGGCGAGUGGUGCUUUACAGGUCCAGGCGGGAAGUUCUCGACCGAAGCGUCCACGAAAGCGUUGGUGCAUGCCAUGGUAGACAUGGUAGGUGGCGCCGUCGCUGGAUGGGCCGUGUGGUCGUGGCGUAUGGCUGGUGACAACACUUGGAACAGCUGGAGCUUGAGCGGCCUCGUCAAUAGUUACGAUCCGGUUUCAAUCUCCGACUGGCCAUCUCAAGAUGUGUCACCGGCAGGGUUGGCGUUGCGGGGUGUGACCGGGUAUUUCACAGGCGACCCGUCGCGGGUGAACAAGGUGCUCGUACAGGAUGCCAUGUGGAUGAUGCAGUUCGGUGUGACGGUGAUGGAGCGCUGGAUGUACAACCGACGGACGUUGCAGUUGCGGUCCACUCGGUUUGGCGAUUGUUUGGACGGGUACUUCGACACGAGUCGCCAGGUGUACCGCGUGCACAUGUGGUCCUGUGCCGCGUCGAAUGUCAAUCAAAAGUGGAAACUGGAGCGACACCAGAUCGUCCACGUGUCGUUUCUCUUGUGCUUGUCCGUGGCUGCCCUUGAAAUGACAUUGCAGCGAUGUGAUGCCACCGACGCCGCGCAGGUUUGGACGACCAAGGAGCGAGUCAUGCUGGCACUCCCCAUGCGACAGCGCGUCGGAGUCGGCGCGCAAGGCCAACUUGUCCAGGCUUUCAUGCCCGACGACAAUCUCAUGUGGCAGCCGCCAGCGUUGACGUGGCUCGUUGACUACGAAGCACAGUCGAUUUCCAAUGCCGCCACUGGCCAGUGCUUGGAAGCAGCAUCCUCCAAGCCACCGGCAAGUGGAAAUAUCUCUGUCUCCAUGCAGCCAUGUGAGCGAGGACGGGCGACCCAGAAGUGGAUUGUUGAUCAUCUCCACCAACACCUCGUCUUUCUCGACCGCUUCUGCUUGGCCAUGGCAGCAGCUUCUUCCAGCCAGCUCAUGGUGUGCGACCCGACCGAUCCAGGCCAGAGAAUUCGACUCGAAUGGCUCGAAUACCCAGAAGUGUAGCGACCGUCCACACUUGGUUCGUGGGAAUCUGAAUGGGCAAUAUGGGAUGACUUUUGGAAUCAAAUAGCCGUUUUAAAUAGGAUUAAUUAAUGUAGGAAAAUUAUAGGUGGAAUUCGAUGCCAGCAGGGACUUGUAAUUGUUCCACGAUGGUUAAAGAGUUGUGGAGCUUGUGGAUGAGGAGAGAUUCGUCCGAUGGAGUCACAGGCGGCAUGGACGACGAUUGCAGGAACGGAUGCGCCACUACCUGGGCAAGAGUCCACCGUUUCAACGGGUCGACUUGCAGGAUGUUUUCCAUCAAGUCGAGCGCGUCUUCGGAAACAACGUCAUCAAAGUCCCAUUCGUGCACGAGGGACCGCCAGCCUUUUUCGUGGACGAACUGCAUGACAGGGUCGGACACUUCCGACGAGUCAACUGGUGGACUUCCCGUGAGCAUGAUGAACAGCAUCACACCUAUGGACCACACAUCCGCGAGCACGGGAUCGUACGACUCGCCCGAGUGCAUUUCCGGUGCCAUGUAGAAUGACUUGCCCACGGCAUGAUCGCGACGCUGGUCGGUCUCCAUGGACAAGCCAAAGUCGCUCACUUUCAACGUUCCAUUGGCAUCCACCAAUACGUUUUCCAAGGACAAGUCGCAGUGGGCAAUGCCACGGCCAUGCAUGAACUGCAAGGCAUCGCAAAUUUGGGAGAAGUAUGCCUUGGCGACAGUAGGCUCGACCCGUCCGUUUGGCAAUUGCUCCACGACGUCAAACAGUUCACCGUUGGCGCAGUACUCCAGCACCAAGUGCUCGUACCCAUGUUGGACAAAGUCGUCGUACAGGGCUAAGAUAUGCGGGUGUGUUGUGACAGCGUUAUCGUUGUCGGCCUUCAUCAUGUGUCGAUGGAUUUGGCGUUCGGUCGACACGACGGUUGAAGCAUGCCGUGCCGCAAAGGGCACCUUCACGCGCUUGACCACAACGGGGGUGCCAGUCUGUCGGUCUGUGCACAGCAGGACUUGGCCCGUGCGCGUGGUGGCAAGUCUUCUCACGACGGCGUAUCCUUCCAUCCUGGAUGCGCGUGGCCUUGUGGAUUUCGAAAUGAG